GGUAACAACUCCAUCAGCUUUACACUAAACUCUCGACAGCAAGUCAGAUUCACUAGUUCUUCUGGUCUCCUUUUUCCGUCCGCGCGCGCGCGCCCGCCCGCCGCCCCCUCCCUCGGUGCAGUCACGGCGGGAGUGGGUGUGUCGAUGUGGGACAGUUAGCUUCGUUUCUGUUGGUGCGCACUCCAAAAAAGAGGAAAAAGUUGAUGCCGACUCUAGUGUAAAGCGGCCCGCCUCGGAGCAGGCUACGCGGCGAGGAAUGGCAGUUUGGACCAGAGCGGACCGAAACGGCCAGCUGGACCUCCUGCUCCGGGACCGCUGGAUCCGAGUGACAGCAGAACUCACCCGGGAAACGCUGACUUUAACAGCCGAAGCGGAGUUCGCCGGACAGGGGGCCAAUCACUGGGACCACUCUUCGGCUGGCCUGCGAAAUGGCAUGUCGAACGGAAACGACCCCGGGUCGAACCUGGGCAGUCCCGGUCGCGGUUCUUCUUCGGGCCAGGACCACGUGCAGAACUACAGGGCUCGAGGGCGCAGCAACAGCCCGGGUCGGGCGGGCGUCACUCGCGGUCAGUACGAGGGAAACUACGGCACGAUGAACAGCCCCGGAAAGUACCCGAAUAACGGGACCAACUCUGACUUCGGCAGCCCCGGUUCCAGCUACGGGAGUCCCGGGUCGAGUUUCGGAUCCAGACAAGGGGGCGAUUUCCCAGUCAGCGUGGACGGCUCGUCUGAGGCGGUGCGGAAAGUCCGGGUUGUCAAGCAGGAGUCCGGCGGGCUGGGGAUCAGUAUCAAGGGCGGGCGCGAGAACCGGAUGCCGAUCCUCAUCUCCAAGAUCUUCCCCGGGCUCGCUGCGGACCAGAGCCGGGCUCUCCGGGUGGGCGACGCGAUACUGUCGGUGAACGGGAACGACCUCCGGGAGGCGACGCACGACAUGGCGGUCCAGGCUCUGAAGAAGGCCGGGAAAGAAGUCACGCUGGAGGUGAAGUACAUUCGUGAGGUGUCUCCGCUCUUCAAGAAACCGUCGCUGGUCGCAGACCUGCCGUGGGACGGCGUCCGCCCGCAGUCGCCCAGCUACAGCGGCAGCGAGGACUCGGGCUCUCCUAAACACAGCAGCUCCUCCUCCCCGUCCAAAGACAGGAAGGUCAUCAGCCUGAAGAUGUGCUUCAUCAGCCGGAACCUCUCCAUGCCGGAUUUGGAAAACAGGCUGCUGGAGCUCCACUCCCCGGACGGCCAGCACACGGUGGUCCUGCGCUGCAAAGACGGCCCCUCUGCCAGCUCCUGGUUCACCGCCAUCCACACCAACAUCGCCGCGCUGCUCCCACACACCCUGGCGCACAUCAACGCGUACCUGGGGGCGUCGUCUGCCGCCCCCACUCACCCCCACCUCAAACACAUCGGCUGGCUGGCUGAGCAGGUCCAGCUGGAAGGUGGGAGGCAGCAGUACCGUCCCGUUGUCAUGGCGCUGACGGAGAAGGACAUCCUGCUGUUUGAAUCUGUGCCGUGGAGCAGAGAGUCCUGGUCCAUGCCUCUGCUGACACACCCUCUGCUCGCCACCAGACUGGUCCACUCCGGCAGCUCCGGGGGUUCUCCCUCCCAGGGGUCGGACAUGGUGUUUGCCACUCGGACCGGCACCAGUCGAGGCAUCGAGUCACACGUCUUCCGCGUGGAAACUCACUGGGACCUUUCCUCCUGGACGCGAGCUCUGGUGCAGGGUGUCCACACGGCUGCAGAGAUCAUCCAGGAGGUCUCCAUUGGCUGCACGCUGAACAGGCAGGACGUUCGACUGACGCUGCACUUCGAGAUGGGCUUCACCGUGACGAGGGAGCCGGCCGACCCCCCGGGGGGUGCGGUGCUCUACAGAUAUCCCUAUGAGAAGCUCAAAAUGUCCGCCGACGAUGGAAUACGGAACCUUUAUCUUGACUUUGGAGGUCCGGAGGGAGAAAUGGUGUUCGACCUCCACUCGGGUCCAAAGCCGGUGGUGUUUGUCCUCCACUCCUUCCUGUCGGCUAAGCUGACCCGCAUGGGCCUCCUGACGUGAACCAGCAGCCAUCAGCGCAAACAAACGCAUUUCUCUCCCUCCUCUCCUUCAAUCGGAUCCCCCACCCCCACCGCAGCUGAAGUUGGGCCUUAGGCGGCGCUGCAGGGAACCCGCAGAAAUGUGCCUUCCGGCUUCCCCUCCCUGCACUCUGAGGCCAGAUUCAAGCAAAGCGCACUUAGUUUGAAAACACCCGAUUUAACCUCCAUUAAUCUGUGAACACUAUAAGGUGUCGGCUGUGAUAGAGAUGAGCAGAAGCAGCGAUGCUCUUUAGACGCUGCUUCACAGCUGAGCGCCGUUUUUCUCUGCCUAUCAUUCCGGAAAAGCCUUCGUACAUCGGGAUGCAGUUACCUGAGCGGAGCGAGUGGGCGGGACUUCGCAGGCUUGAUGGCCCCUCUUCCCAAACCUCCGUUAGAAUCAGGAUCACCGACAGUGCCUUCAGAGAUGUAGUGAAAACACUUUUUUUUAACGCCACCCAAUAAGACGAUUCACGCUUCCUGAUGAUGUCACAGCACCGUGUUACCUGCAUUUUUUUUGUCUCCUCCAUCCCAAAGACGGAUGUUUUCAUGGGCUUCAUCCAACAAAGCCCACGAGGCGUUUUUAAAAGUUCCCUAGAACUAAAUAUACCCGUAUAUUUAUACUGUAAUUCAAACAUUUUACACAGAAACAAGUACAGUAUCAACAAAAAGACCAUUUGAGAGGAUAUUUUUGAAGCUUUCAGCCUCAUUUGACUGUUUUAUAGCGUAAGGAAGAUGAACAAAAAUGUUUUUGAAGAGUUUAAAUAAUACAAAAUAAUCCAAACUUUCUCAGCGUUUUCUCAGCUUUGACCACCUUACUGUUACUUCUAUAUCCUCCCAAUUUAAAAUCAUUUUUCUAAUGAUUUUAAAGGGUUGAGCAAAGAUUAAAUCAUUUAAAAAAACAAAACAUUUUAACACUAAAUUAAGCCAAACUAAGAACUUUUUGCCACUUUUGGCUUCUUCUUCUUUUCAUGGUUUGAUGCUCUUCAGAUGUUUUUAUUGUCUAUCAUUUUAAAGCUUCCAGGUCAGAAACAGUUUAAAAAACACAAACAAAAUAAAUAUAUAAUACUUCUGACAUAUAAACAACUUUUCUUAGUUUGUUUUCACAGAGUUCAAAUAAAACUUUCUCAGUAUUUUCUCAGUGAACUCAUCAGUUUUAAGGUAACUUCUGGGCUGCAUAGCUUCUUUUCAGAUCCCGUUACGGUUACUUCCAUCUCCUACAGAUUACUUGUUAUAUUUCUCAUUUUUCUAGUCUUGUAAAAUGAUUCCAGCAAUAAUUAUGCCAACAAAGAAAACUCUGAUUUUAAGAUUUUAACUCAAGUCUUUCUCACUUUUGUCUUCUUUUUUUGUAUUAAUGCUCUCUAAUGUUUUCCGAUGGUCAAUAAUUUCAAAGCCUCCAGAUCAGGAACAGUGUAAAAAAUAAAUAAAUAUAAAACAUUAAUGAGAAAAAACAGUUUUAUUUUUUAUUUUUAGUUGUUUUCAAAGUAAGAAUUUCGUUAUUUUAUUGAUAAAAGCUCCACUUCUGUUAAUCUGAAAUCCUUCAUUUUAAAACUAUUCAUAUCAAACUAAACUAAAAGUUAAGAAAUUAUAUUUGCUGCUUAGAUACUAAACCAUUCAUAAUUUUUAGUGUUUUUAACUUAAAGCAAAACUAUUCAACUAAGUCAGCUCCUGUAUGACGGUAAAUCAUGUGAAAAGCUGUGGAAAAUGCUUUAAAAUCAUCAGGUUCUCAGAUUUUUGAAGUACUUUUUUAAACAUUUUACUUCUAUUUACUUCCUGUUUAGUUCAUCUAGUAAUUGCGUUCCAUGGCUGUAAUGCUCAUGAAGUCGUCUUUUUUUUCCUGCUGGUCUCGUGUUCUGCAGGAAAACCAGGUGACCUCCUGUGCUCAAAUAAGGAUCUCUGUUCUUCUCCUCCAGUCUGUGACGCUUUCCAAACUUCUGACCCUUCAGACCAACUUGUAGAAAAUCCCACUUGAAUAGAGAAGGUUUUUCAGCAGAACAUUGAUGACACGUCGGUCGUGUUUCGCCAUCCUGUCGUCACAAAGCGACUAACCUCUCAGACCGCUGAAUGUUCUCGCUGGCUCUCCUCCGACUGUCUCCUGUCUAUGCAAAGCCUCGCUUCCAGAAGGGUUUUUUUUUUAACCAAAGGUAUUACUUGUGGCAGCUUGCGUCCUACACAAUCAUAAAUGAAGCGUUACAUGAGGAUAAAGUGCUGCUGCAGCAACUUAUAUGCAAAGUAUUGUAGACGUCUUUCCAGUAUACAAUGUAUAAUGAUAAUGUAGUUAUUUCAAAUGUAAAUAACACCAAUAAAACCUUUAUAAAUUCUA